GCCGAUAUUGACACAGCGGCCUGCGACCAAUGCUCUCACACCCCGACUGCUAUCGUGGUUGAGAUAGUGCAGACAAAUACGACCAUGGCAGACACCACGGUUCUAGGACCAGAGCCGCAAGAUAUUGAGACAUUCAUUCCCUUUUUGUCAAAAGAAGACCUCUACAAAGUCGAGAAGCCAUACGGAGCAGACUUUCCGGUCGACAAUAUCGAAGGUGCCAAAAUCACGAACCACAUCUUUGACAUCCACCCGGUCCGGGUCCAUGAUGUGCGUGGAUCACCGCACGAGUUGGACUUGGAGCGCAAUGGCGCGUGUUUCAUCAAGGCCGGGGUCUCCCUGAAGGCCGAGGAGGCGUCCAUCACCAUGACUCCUGCCAUGGAAAAGUACAUUGCGGACGUUUUGACGACCCUUCAGAAGAAAUUCCCCGGCUACGUCGAGAUAAGGCUCAUGGACUUUCAGAUCCGCAAGAGGUCCGUUGAGUUCCCUCACGGCCACGGCAAGAAGGUCGAAUUUGCCCAGCCCGCAACCAUGCCUCACACCGACUUCUCCGUAAAUGGGGCUUUGAUGCGCAUGGACGACGUGUUUCCCAACAGAAAGGAGCUCUAUACUGGCCGGGACUUUGAUCUUCUCAACAUUUGGAAAGUUCUUAGCGGGCCCAACAAUGACUGGCCGCUCGCUGUCUGCGAUUACAGCUCCGUGGAUUGGGACAAUGAUACGACGACCAACGAUGCCGUACACCUGCUGCGCACGGGCGAGAACUGGCUGCUGCAUUAUAAUGAAGAGCAGCAGUGGUACUACCUUAGCGGGAUGGAAGAGGACGAUCUCAUCGUCUUUCGGAAUACAGACUCAGAAGGGCAGCGCUCCCGCUGCUUCCAUGUCGCCUUCAACAACCCAUCCGCAACUGGGCCGCCUCGAGAGAGUGUCGAAGUGAGGGUGGCUGCAUUCAGGAACUAGCCUGAGCAGCCUGAGCAGCCUG